ACCACACCACGUAAUUUCUUCCAUCGAUAUACUAUUAAGAGUAGAGUAGUUGGACUCUCUGUCUUAUCUGUCUGGUGGAUAUCAAGCGGCUGUUCAUAACAAUCAAUCAGAGGAUGGAUUUUUUUAAUUCAAACAGAGAGAAGCAUGGCAAGAGAGCAGGAUUGUUGGGUCACAAAAGUGCUAGCAAGAGCAACCCUUCGAGUCCUCCUCAUCCCACCGAGGGUCGAUCAUCUCCGCCGGUGUCUUAUUACGGCAUAAAAAGAUCGGAAUCAGAGUAUGCAUUCCCAAUCUCUGAUCACCAUACCACUCACUGGAAACAACAACAACAAGCCUCUGAACGCGUCCCCAAUUCCCGCCACCGGCCUCCUGUCUACAGAUAUAGCACGCCCGAGCGUCCUAGAGAGAAUGGCAAAGAAAGAACAGAGGCCAUUUCUUAUGAGCCUGAUGUGGACGUGACCCCAAGGAGUGAUUCUUCCUUGAGCCCCUUUAGAUCUGCCAGAACUCGCACGCCUGAUCGCCGUAGGAGGUCUACCGACUUUAGCAGAGAGCUGCAUGAGAGAAUGCACGAGGCAGAGGCCAAUGUGAGCCCCUUUCACCCCUCCAGAAGCCGUUCUAAAACUCCCUACAACACGCAAGAAUUUCGAGGGAGAGACUACAGUAGAGAAAGGUAUGAGGCAGAGGGCCAUCUAACUUCGCAGAGGAGCGCUCCUUCGAGUCCAUUUCAUCCGUCCCGAAGCCCGCCGCCGCACACAAGGGAUAACAAAGGUAAAGAUCAUUACGAGGCAGAUGCAGAUGUCACACCGCGUAGCAGCCCUCCCAUGAGUCCUUUCCAUGGGUCCACAAGCCGCUAUCCACCACCACCAUUUUACUCAUCCAGCGACGACGAAGACGAAGAAAACCAUUCCACCACCUACCUCUUUCCAGAGAUUUCAACUGGACGUCGUUCCAGAGGCGUCUCAGGGAGCAGCACGCCGGUUCACUACAAGUACCAGAUCACCACCACGGCCGAAACCUAUGAGCAAGACAGGCAGUUCGAGCCGCCAGAGCUGCCGGACGAGUCCGAGAGCUUCACGAUGCAGGAGAUCACCAAAAUGCGCGGGCUCGAGAGCUACUACGAGGAAGAGACACAGCCCGAGGCGGCCUACGUCUCGGUCGCUAACUACAAGGUGCGUCAUUGCGUGUCCGCCACGCUCAAGGCUAUCAUGGACAAACACGGAGACAUAGCCGCCUCGUCGAAGCUGCAGUCCACAUCGACGAGGUCGUUCUACCUAGAGUCCUUGGCCGCGGCAGUGAUGGAGCUGAAGUCGACGGCGCUGAGAGACCUGUCGAAGACGCGCGUGGCCGAGAUCGCGGCGGUGGUGAAGGACAUGGACUCGGUCAGAAUCGACGUGUCGUGGCUCAAAACAGACGUGGAGGAGCUGGGGGAGGCGGUGGAGUGCUUUGGAGGGUACGAGGCGGCGAAGAUGGAGAAAGAGGAGUGCGAUAAGGGUAUGAAGGAAGGGAAGGUGGAGAUGGAGGAGCUGAGAGAUGAGCUGAAGAGGAGGGAGAAGGAAAUGAAGGAGUGUAGGGAGAGGGUGACGGCUGUGGCGGGUAGGCUAGGGCAGAUAGAGAUGAAGGAUUCGUGGGUGACGAAGAAGCUGGAGCUGUUCCAGAGCAAGGUCCAUAAAUUUGAAGGUGAAGCUGUCCUCGUGUAGGUCUAGAUCAUAUAUUAUUAUUCGAACAUUCAAAACUGUCUAUGUGUUUAGAUCAUGUUCAACAAACAGUAGACUUAUGUUGCAUUCUACCCUGUUAUAUCGUAGUAUCGUACUAGUGUUUGUUAAUAAAAUAAAUAAAUAAAGGUAUAUGAUUAUUUGA